AUGGGGAAGUUGCCCAAAAAUUUUGCACUUCUUAAACGAAGCGGAAACCAACGAAUUUCUAGACGCCGUUUACAGGAAAAUUCGUCAUUUUCUUCUAAUGUGUCUUCUGGUGAAGAUGACAAGAAGGAAUUGUUGGAUGAUAUUGUUACAGAUUGGAAAGAUUCUGAUUGGGCGCCUUCAAUUUCAGCUGUUUUUAAAAUUCUUUUUUCAAUACGUCUUUCAGCAUCACUUUGGAGUAUAAUUUCUGAUUGUGACGAAGUAUAUAAUUAUUGGGAACCUUUACAUCUUGUUUUGUUUAAACGUGGAUUUCAAACCUGGGAAUAUUCUCCUGUUUAUGGAAUUCGGUUGCACUUUUCUUUUCUCUUCGUUUUCUUAUUAGGUUUUUUCAAUUUUUUAAAUAUUAAACAAUUAAUUAAAGCUUUUUUACUUUAUUUUCUGAAUUAUUUUUAUAUCGAGCUAUUUGUAAAAGAAUUUCAAAUUCAAUUGGAAGAACAUUUAUUUUAUUCAGUACAUUUUCUAGUGCAAUGUUUGGAGCUAGUUGUGCUUUUUUACCUUCUUCAUUUAGCAUGGUCACUUUCAAUUUUUUGUACGGCCAUUAGUGCUUUAAUUGGUUGGCCAUUUUCUGCAAUUCUUGGAUUGCCUAUUGCAAUAGAAAUGUUGAUAAUUAGAAAAAGAAAAUUAGCUUUAAAAUUUUUAUUUUAUUCAAUUCUUUUUGGAUUAUCAAUUUGUUUAUUACUUUUUAUUGUCGAUACACAUUUCUUUGGAAGGCCUGUUCUGGCACCUUUAAAUAUUAUUUUUUACAAUAUAUUUUCGAGUAAUGGGCCAAAUCUUUAUGGAAAAGAACCAAUUUCUUUUUAUUUAAAAAAUUUGGCUUUAAAUUUUAAUAUUGCUGUUAUUUUGGCUAUUUUUGCAAUUCCAUUUUGUUUAUCAUUUUUAAUUAUUAAAAAAAUAAAUGAAGAAAAAUACAAAAAAGAAGACAAAACAAUAUUUUUUAAAAAUUAUUUUGAAAAUAAUCCUUUAAAACAAUGGGAAAGAUUUAGACCUUUAAUUUUUCUUUCAAUGUCAGCAAUUGUUUGGAUGUUAGUUUUUAUGUUACAGCCACAUAAAGAGGAACGUUUUCUCUUUCCAAUUUAUCCACAUAUUUGUUUAUUGGCAGCUAUUUGUUUGGAUUGUUUGUAUAGAUUAUUAAAUAAAACAAAAUUUGCAACAACAUUUUGUAUUGCUAUUUUAAUUAUUUUUGUUGUUGCAAGUUUUUCACGGAUUGCUGCUUUACAUAGAAAUUACUCUGGAUUGUUGGAUAUUUACAAAGAUUUUAAUAAUAAAAUAUCUUCUGAUAGAAUUUUAAUAGAAAAUACAACAAAAAAUUCAACAAUAAGAGUUUGCAUUGGAAAAGAAUGGCAUCGUUUUCCUUCUUCUUUCUUUUUGCCAGAAAAUGGAAAACAUUUUAAUGAAGUAGAAAUGCGUUUUAUUCGCAGCGAAUUUCGAGCUCUUUUACCAGAUAUUUUCCCAAAAGAGUCAACAUUAUCAGAAAUUACAAGGCAAAUACCAAUUCAUCAAAAUGAUGAAAAUCGUGAACAACUAGAGAGAUAUGUGCCUUUAGAAUCCUGCAACUUUCUGUUUGAUUUGGUUGGAAUGGAACCGACAGAACUGGAACCAGACUAUUCAAAAAUGGUGGGUAAAAUAAUAAUUCAAAUUUAA